GUCACUCAGCCUCUGAGCAAGUUCAGUGACGCUGCCCGAAAAAGCUGUGCCGGUCCAGAUGGCAUGCAUCCUGUGUGUGGCAUCUCUCUUUCUCUCUCUAACUAAGUUCAGCAUCGGCCAGAGGGAAGUAAAAAUUCAAGAAGGCCCUCUGUACAGAGCCGAAGGUUACCCUGUCAGCAUCAGGUGCACCGUAAGUGGUCAUCAGGGUCCUUCCACGCAGGAUUUCCGGUGGUCUAUUUACCUGCCAAGCGCCCCGACCAAGGAAGUCCAGAUCAUCAGUACCAAGGAUGCCGGCUUCUCUUACGCAGUGUAUGCCCAGAGGGUGCAAAGCAAGGAGAUCUACAUAGAGAGGCUGCAGGGUGACUCGGUCCUGCUGCAUAUCUCAAAACUCCAGAUGAAAGAUGCUGGCGAGUACGAGUGCCACACACCCAACACGGAUGGGAAGUACUUUGGAAGUUACAGUGCAAAGACAAAUCUUACUGUGGUUCCCGACACCCUGUCUGCCACCAUGCCCUCCCAGACGCUCAGUAAGAAGGAAGGUGAGCCCUUGGAACUCACCUGUGAGACAACCAAAGCCACCGUGCAACACACCCAUCUCUCUCUCACCUGGUACCUGAUGCAGGAAGGAGGAGGGAGCCAAGCCACUGAGAUCGUUUCUCUCUCCAAGGACUUUGUAUUGACCCCUGGGUCCUCCUAUGCAGACAGGUUUGUGGCCGGUGAUGUACGGCUGGACAAGCUUGGAGCCACUUCCUUCAGGCUGUCUGUAGGCAAGCUCCAGCCCUCAGAUCAGGGCCAGGUGUUCUGUGAGGCCACAGAAUGGAUUCAGGAUCCAGAUGAAACGUGGACUUUGAUCACAAGAAAGCAGACAGAUCAAACAGCUCUGAGGAUCCAGCCGGCAGCAAGAGAUUUUACAGUGAGCAUCACAGCCAGUAGCUCACCUGAUGAAGGAAAACCCUUGGAACUGGUUUGCCUGGCUGUUGGCAGAGAUGGUAACCCGCAGCUUCAGGGUGUGUGGUUUCUCAAUGGGAAGGAAAUUGCCCAGACUGAUGCUGGUGGGGUCCUGGACCUGAAGAGAGACUACAGAGACAGAGCGAGCCAAGGCCAGCUGCAGGUGUCAAAGUUAAGUGCCCAGACGUUCUCUCUCAAGAUCUUCUCCGUGGGUCCAGAGGAUGUAGGCACCUACAGUUGUGAAGUGGCAGAGGUGGCGAGGACUCAGAUGGGCUCCUGGCAGGUACUUCAGAGAAAGCAGUCACCAGGCUACCGGGUGCAGCUGAGGGAGCCAGCAGCAAGAAGUGUGACCGUGUCUGCCGAGCAGCGUACUGUGUGGGAAGGAGAGACGCUUACCCUUCUCUGCAAGGCAGCUGGGGAUGUGAGUGCUCUAUCUGUGAGUUGGUGGCUCACCCCACAGGACCAGUCCACACCCGUGUUUGUGGCUGGCAUGGGGCAAGAUGGUACUGUGCAGCUGGGAGUCUCUUCUCCGGGCCCUGCGCACCGUGGUAACAGGAGGCUGGAGAAAGUGGACUGGGCCACCUUUCGGCUGGAGAUUGCCUCUGCCAUGGUCACAGACAGCGGUACCUAUGAAUGCAGGGUGUCAGAGAGACUCCAGAACCAGGCCAAAGGUUUGCAGUCAACCCAGAAGAUUUCAGUCACUGUAAAAUCUCUGAAGUCAAGUUUACGAGUUAAUCUGAUGAGCCGUCAGCCACAAGUGAUGCUAGCCCAUACCUUCCACCUGUCCUGUGUAGUGAGGGCCAACUACUCGGAUCUCAAGCUGCCGUUCUCGGUAACGUGGCAGUUCCAGCCAGCGGGCUCUGGAGCCUUUCAUCGGCUUAUUCGAAUUGCCCACAAUGGCACCGUUGAAUGGGGGGACGUCCUCUCCCAGAUCCACAGGAAGACGAAGGUGUCACAGUCUUUCUUUCGUUCUCAACUCCAAAUCUACGAUGCAGCUAUGGAGGAGACAGGGGUGUAUCGGUGUACAGUGGAGGUUUAUGACAGAGAUUCCAUAUGCACAAGUGGCCCAGCCAGAGUAUCUGCCACCUCUAACCUAUUAAUGAUUACUGUCACCUUUCCAGAGAGCAAACUGAGCGUGAACUCAAGCAGUCAGGUCCAAGAGCUAUCCAUCAGCUCCAGCACUCAGAUAGAAUGUGCCAUCUUGUCCCGAUCUGCUGGAAACCUUCCGUUAUCCAUCAUUUGGUACUUCUCUUCCGUUUCUGCAAAUGCAUCCUAUCUGAAAAUCCUAGAAAUGGACCAAAGCAGUGUUGUAAAAUAUGGGGACGAAUUUCAAACCCCUCGGAGCAAGCAAAAAUUUUAUUCUGAGAAAGUUUCUCAAGACUUAUUUCUGCUGAACAUUCUGAGUGUGGAGGACAGUGACCAGGGCCACUACCACUGUGCUGUAGAGGAAUGGCUCUUAUCUACAAAUGACACUUGGCAAAAGCUUGAAAGAAAGACUUCAGGACUCACAGAAUUGAAACUCAGGCCCACAGGAAGCCAGGUCCAUGUCUCCAAAGUGAAUUGGACAGGAAACGCUACCGAGUAUGGAGAGGCGGGCUUCAGCUGCAGCCUAGAUGGCUCAGGCAGCACAGCUUCCCUAUACUCUGUGACAUGGUACCGGGGCAGAGGAACUGCCACGGCUACUGCUGCCGCAGUUGCCAAUGCCACUGCCACCAUCACUGCCCCCGCAGGGAGUCAAAUGCUGGUGCACCUGCAGUAUGACGGCUUGCUGCAGUAUGGCAGAGAGGGGAGCAGGAGGCUCCAGCACUGCUACCGAUCCUCUCCCACAGACUUCGUCCUGAAGCUGCAUCGGGUGGAAAUGGAGGAUGCUGGGAUAUAUUGGUGCAGGGUGACUGAGUGGCAGCAACAUGGCCACCCAGGCAAGUGGAUCAACCAAGCCUCAGGCGAGUCGCAACGAAUGGUGCUCAGGGUGCUGCGCUCAGAGCCCACGGUCUCCUCCCUGAUCUGCUCCUCGGGGCCCUUGCUCCACUUCCUCAUCGUCUGCCCCUUCGUCAUGCUGCUCCUUCUGGCCACGUCCUUCCUCUGCUUGUACCGGAAGGCCAGGAAGUUGUCACAGCUGAGUCUCAGUGCAAAGAAAGAAAAGGCUCUCUGGGUGGGCAUGAGAAAGACAUCACUUCAGAAGGAAGCUGGAGAGGAGAGUGGACACUACUGAGGAGCACCUGGGCUGGAGAAAGGAGCGUGGAGGGAUUGGGUUGGAGCGUGGAGGAUGAAUGAAUUCUGUUUUAGACCUUGGCCAAGUUACCAAGGGACCAGAAGGGAUGUGCCAUGGACAUAGAUUGUUAACCAUAUCUUGUCGAGUGUUUCUUUGUGUAGCAACCAUUUUUUUUUCUUUGCAUCCUUCAGAAGCAGAUAGUGUCAUUGUCCCCACUCACACAGACCUCACCUCCUGGAGGUCCAGCCUCAUCUGGAAAGAGAGGAACACCAGCUGUCGAGCCUUCCUUCCUCUCUCAUUCCUCUCCCACUCAUCUAUUCCCUUGGCAACAUCAGCUUGGCCCAGUCACAAGGGAAAUCAUUUUUCUCUAGAUAAGAAAUGUAGGAAAAACCGGGUGUCGGCAAAGCCGGAGGGAUUGAGAGCAUGGACUGGCUUGCCUGAAAUCGGACUCCCCCAAUCAUUAUGUAAUUUUUUCUAGGCAGAAAUCCGAUGUUUUUUCUCCAACCCCCCUUUACAAAUGCCCGCUGAAAAGUGUAAGAGUCGUUGUCUAAUCAAUAUCGGCGCUUUGACAAAAGGGUAAUGUGUUACAGCCUUUUGGAAGUUUUCAUUUGGCUUCCUGCUUUUAUAAUUGGGGAUGCUUUUUGUUUCUGUUUUUAUGAUGUCAAGGAAAGGCCUUGGGAUACAGCCCUAGGCCAGCCUUGAACUUGAUCUCACUGUCUAGCCCUACACUGUACAGUCUGGACCGUCCUCCACCUUACAGCCCUCUUCCCCCCACCAAGGCCAGCCUCCAAGGGCUGGGAUUCAAAGCAUGCAUUGGCACUGGUCGGUGCUGUGCAUGUCUUUAAUCCCAGCACUCAGGAGAUAGAAGUGUAUGAAUCUCUACACUCAAGGCCAGCCUGGUCUACAGACUGAGUUCCAGGAAACCCAGGCAGGGCUACACCGAGAAACCCUCUCUUGGAAAAAGAAGGAGGAAGAAGAAAAGGAGGAGGAGGAGGAAGAGGAAAGGGAGGGUGAGGAGAGCAGGGGCAUUGGCAUGCUUGGUUUAAGAGAUAGUAAGUCAUCGUUGAAGAGCAUCCUUCUUCCCAUACAACAGUGUUCUACUCAGCCCCCAAGGCCUCCUAUCUCCUUCACACACACACACACACACACACACACACACACACACACACACACACCAGCCUACCACCAUAGUGCUAGGCCUUGGCCAGUGCCUUUGUUGAAAGCACUGAGUCGGAGGAAAGAGCCUCGGUAGAACUUGGGAGACGGCUCUGCAGUAAUGCCCCUGUCUCAUGGUACUGGAGUGUGGGUUCAAGGGAAGAAGAGGGUCAAGUCUGACUCCUGAGUUUCCUAAUCUCACCCUAGAAAUCCCAAGGGCGAGGUGUGAUGGUUUAAGGCUUUCAAGAGCUGUUUCCACUGAGCAGGCCUGGCUGUAGCCAGAAUUGAAAAUCAAUCAAAUAAAGGACCUCAGAUAACACA